ACGAAACCAUUCAGUCGGUUGUGUAAAGAAAUAACAAACAAAAAAAAAAUUACUUGAUUAAUUUAUUAAUAAAUUCACACAGGAAGACUAGACAAUUAUUUAUUAAAAUAUAUAAAACACAGACUUGGCUCAUUAAUGAAUUUACCAUAUAUAAUUUAUUGAAUUGUUUUAUUAUUUUCUUUUUGUAACCAAUGAUUAUCAUAUCAAGUUGAUCCAUAAUCAUUAUUCCCCGUUUAUUUCGUAACUGAAUAUAACAAGACGAUGAAAUUGCUGUUUUUUUAAAUGAGAAAUCAAUGUGCAUUUAUUUUCAAUACACAAACGUCUUCGAAACGUUCUUGAAACCACGUUUUUUUUUUUUUUUUGCAAACAUUAUUAUUAACAAGAUAUUACAUAAAUAUUGGUAUUAAUCUUCACUUAUUAAUUCAUUUUAUUACUCAGUGUUUGUUCAAUUGAAAAGUCAUAAAAAUAGUUUUAUUAGAAUUUUUUUUUAACCAGUGGAUCCAAGUGCGGAGUGAAAAUAAAUUAAACGUGAAAACACAAACAGCAAUGAGCAUGGAAGAAGUUUCGAUUGACAUGCCUGGAGAGGAGAAACUACCUGGUCCAGAAACAUCUCUGGAUGAGAUAUGUGAAAUAAACAUUGAAAUGGAACCAUUAGAAUCUGAAGCAGAAAAAAUGAAUGGAAAAGUAAAUAUGGUUGACUACGAUGAUCUUAUCCAACAAACCAGAGAUACAUUUUUGAGUGGAAAAACGAAACCAUUAAAAUGGAGAAUUCAACAAAUAAACCAAUUGAGAAAAAUGAUUCAGGAAAAUAUUCCCCAAAUUGAAUCAGCACUUAAUACAGAUUUACGAAGAUGUAGAUUUGAGACACAAGCUCUUGAAAUUGAAUACACACUUGGUGAAAUUAAAUUCAUGUUGAUGAAUAUCAAAGAAUGGUCAUCAGUUGUUAAUCCAACAAAAGGAUUUAUCAACAUGUUGGAUUCAGUCGAACUUCACAAAGAUCCUUAUGGAGUUGUUCUUAUAAUUGGUGCCUGGAACUAUCCAAUUCAACUAACUCUGGUACCACUGCUUGGUGCAAUUGCUGCUGGUAAUUGUGCUAUUCUAAAACCAUCAGAAAUAUCAAGUGCUUCAUCAGAACUAUUAGCAAAUUUAAUUCCUCAGUAUUUGGAUAAGGAAUGUUAUCAUGUUGUUACUGGUGGUGUUAAAGAAACAAGUGAAAUAUUAAAACAACGGUUUGAUUAUAUUUUUUAUACUGGUUCAACAAAUGUUGGUAAGAUUGUACGUGAAGCUGCAAAUAAAUACUUGACACCAGUUACGUUAGAACUCGGUGGUAAAAGUCCUGUGUAUAUUGACAGUACAGUAGAUUUUACAGUUGCAGUAAAACGUAUACUCUGGGGUAAAUUUGUUAAUGUUGGACAAACUUGUAUUGCUCCUGAUUAUGUUUUAUGCACCAAAGAUGUCCAAGAAAAAUUUAUUGAUGAAUCCAAAAAAAUUAUCAAAGAAUUUUACGGUGAAAAUUCAAAAGAAAAUCCAGAUUUAUGUCGUAUUGUUAACAAUAAUCAUUAUCAACGAUUGGCAAAUUUUUUGAGUGGAAAUGGACGAAUUGCUGUUGGUGGUCAAACUGAUUCAUCAGAACGUUUUAUUUCACCAACAAUUUUGGCUGAUGUUAAAUUUUCAGAUCCAAUUAUGCAGGAAGAAAUAUUUGGACCAAUUUUACCAAUUAUUACAAUUAAUAAUGCAUAUGAGGCAAUAAGUCUUAUUAAUCAACGUGAUCAUCCUCUCUCAUUUUACAUAUUUACCAAGGACAAAGCAGUACGAGAAUUAUUAAUCAGUCAAACUCGUAGUGGUGCUGUUUGUGUAAAUGACACAAUGAUGCAGUAUUGUGUUGAUACAUUGCCAUUUGGAGGUGUUGGUGCAUCUGGAAUGGGUGCUUAUCACGGCCAACUUACAUAUGACACAUUUUGCCAUAAAAAAGCUGUUCUAGUCAAGGACUUCAACAUCAUUGGAGAAACACUGGCUUCAGCUAGAUAUCCACCGUAUUCUGAAAAAAAAUUGACAUUUUUAAAGAUGCUUCUGGACAAACGUCCUGACAUACCUGGAAUUAAGUAUUUACCACAUCUUUUAAUGUUCGGUCUGGGUGUGCUCGCAACAGUUGGCUUUAAAGCUGCCAUGAAGGAUUAUGGAAUGCUGGAUAAUCAACAAUAAUAUUUCUGAUCAAACAAGAAUAUUGGAAACAAGUUGACAAUAUUUAUUAAAUAUUUUUAUGUAUUUUUUUUUUGUUUUAUUUUAAUUGUUGGAUUUUUAAUAGUUUAUAAGUAAUAAUAAUAAUAAAAAAGAUACACAUGUUACAAUGUUAAAAAGAAAAUAAAGUGCUUGUAAAUUAUGUAACUAUUUCUUGGAUUAUUUGUAUUAUUUUAUUAUCAUUUAUUCAAUAUUGUUUACAUUGAUAUUAAUGUUAUAUUCAAAAAUAUAUUUGUAUUUUUCACCUUUGAAUUAUCAGUUGAUAUAUUUUACAAUAAUUUACUUUUUUUUUUUUCAUUCUUUAUAUUAAUUAUAAAUUUAUUAUUUUUGAAAAGUUAGACUUAACUGAAUGAUUAUUUUCUUAUGUUUUAAAUUUCUUUUAAUAUUUAUCAAUUUGUACAAGGCUUUUAUAAGCGAAGGCUUACUUUUUGGGUCACUGUUGUUUGUUUCUCUUAUCUUUUUGAAAGAUUGAAUUAUUUAAAUAUCAUUUAUUUUCAAUUAAAAUUAAAUAACGAAAAAGUAUAAAGAGAACACUCGCUGUAUGACAUACAUGUAUAUUUUUUAUGAGUUCAAUUGCAUGAGUGUAAUUAUUUUUUUUCAACUUUAAAAUCAAUAUUUCACUCAGAGUAAAUCAAAAUAAAUAAAAUAAUUUAAAAACAGAUAAACUAUUAUUACCAGAAUAUUAUACGAAUAACCAUUGAUGAUUUAUUAUUUAUCUUGUUAUUAAUAUUUCAUUGAUUAUAUUUACUUUUAUUUCAUAGUACAACAUGAAUAUCAUUUUGAUAGAAUUCAUAACGUUAAUCGGAGUUUUUGUAAGUGGUCAGGAUUAUUAUCCAAGUGUAUAUGAUGAUCUUCAUUUAAAUCUGAUUUUAAAUAGUGACAGAGAAUUUAAAAAGCUCACAAAUUGCCUCCUAGAGAAAUCAUUAUGUACAGAAUCAGCAGCAUUUUUCAGAGAUAUAUUACCCGAUGCUCUUAUUACACACUGUAGAAAAUGUACGAUUAAUCAAAAAAACAUAUUUGCUGCAAUCAUGAAUCGUGUCAGAAAAAACAAUUCUCUUUAUUCAGAAUUUAAAAACAAAUUCGAUCCAAGCAACUAUUUAUUUCAAUUAUUUCCUUAUUAUUAUCAGGAUAGUACUUAAUAAAAUGAAUAAUAAACAAUUUUUUUAAAUAUCGAAUAAAUAAUUUAUUUGUCUACUUAUUUAGUUACAAAAUUUAAUAAAAAUACAUAAAAUCAAAGUUUUUUUUUUUGUUUUUUUUUAACACAGUGCAAUUAUUAUUACAAGCAUUACAUUUUUUAUAAAAAACCUAAAUUGAAUAUGGAGCUUGAAUAAAUAUAAAUCAGAAAAUCGUAACUCAAAAGGAAAUCAUUGAAGACAAAAUAAUUAUUAUUGAAAUUAGAUAUAAAGACAAAAAAAAAUUGAUAUAAAAAAUAACAGAAGCAUAUUUAUAUUAACCUUUUAAUAAAAAUAUAAUUUACAUUAUUAAUAUUCAAAUAAAUAUAAUAACAAAAAAAAAACUGUUUUUUUUCCAAUCAUCAUCAUUGAAAAUCUUUUCGUAUAAUUAUACUUAAAUCUAAAAUUAGCUGAAUGACGUUAUUAUCUUAAAAUUAACAUAUCUAUUUUUUUUUUUUAUUAAAUUUUUUGGUAUACGUGCUUUAUUCAACCAGUUUUGACAUUGACAUUUUAGUUAAAUAAUAUGAAAAAAUUCAGAUAAAAUUCCAAGUUCAUAUUGUUUUUAUUUUAUAAUUAUAUAAAAAUAAAAUUAUAAUGUAAAAUUUUAUUUUUUCUUGGUGAAAAAGUUUUUCACGAUUUAAAUCAUCAAAUUACUAUUUUUAAAGUCUCUCGAAAUCACUUAAAAUUUAGACUUAAAAUUACUCGAAAACACAAGGUUUUAAAGUCUUCAUGAAACACCUUUGAAAUUUAAUAAAACCACAUGAAUUGUUUAAUGAUAUAUUAUUUUCAGUAUAAUAUAAAUAUAAAAGAUUACUUUUUUUACCAACGUGACUUAUAUUUACUAAUGAGAUACAUUUAUUUACAACGAUAAUCAGGCAAAAAAAAGAAAAAAAAGAAG